GAAAACUUAAUCAAAUUCAGUGAUAUGAAAAUUGGAUAUCUUGAUCGGAAGUAUCAGAAACAAGUAAGGAUUUCUCAAUCAGAUGAAAAUUCUCAGAUCCGGAAGACUACAUAAGAACCGGAUGUCUCGCUACAACCCGCUGAAGGCUAAUCGGAAGACUAGCGCGGAUCUCUUUCUCAUCCUGAACAAUGGCACUAGUGCCACUGCUGAGGAAAGCUCUUCCGAUAAUGUCCCACUCAUCCAUAUGACGAAGACUGCCAAAAGGAAGCAAGUGGUGUCUCCCUCCAUCAGCAUUGAAGCACCACAGAACCUUGCGUUGAUCAAUUUGGAAGAAGAAGAAGAAGUCUCUGACCAUGGAGAACUUCAAAGAAAGAAAAAGAGGAAGAUCAACUCUCCAUCAACAUCUGGAAAUGUCAAUCCAGAUGAGUUGAAGGAGAAUGAACCUGCUAAGGAAACCCCUGUCCACAACCGAAGCCCUCAACAACUUGAAGAAGAAAUUCCUCAAGUCCAAAGCCUUCCAACUUCAUCACCUCAACCUCAACCAGAUGAUGCUGAAAACAAAUUCUGGCAGCUCUACUAUAAUUGGAGAGCUUGGAAAGUUGGAAAUUCAGCAGAGCAAUUGUUGGAUUGGGAGCAACAACUGAAGAAUGAGAAGAUUAUCAAGAAAUGCCUAGGACUACCAGUCAACCACUGCUGUGAAGACAUCUUGGAUGACUACUGGGUAUGGCAAAGGAACAAUGAGGAUCUGCAUCUGGAACACUUGGCCACUACACCAGUUUCAGACUUUGAAGCAGAUGAUGAAGAUACUGCAGUCCACAAGCCAGUCUUCUCAAAAGCCACAGAAGAUCAAGUGGUUCUCACUUCUGAAGAACAGGCUGAUUUGGAAGCAAUAGUUGAGGAUUUCCAAAUCUUUCCGGAAACCUCACCUGCCUUUGAAACGGUUCUGACUGAAGCUGUUCAACAAAAGGCAGCCUCUCCCCUACAAGAACAGAACCAGAAAACAGCAGAAGAAGAAUUUCAGCAACUGAUCCAAUCUCAAGUUUUAGAGAUUCUCACAACUCCUUGUGAGAUCUCCAAUCCUACUGAAACUGAGAUCCCGGAGAGGUCAGCAGAAAUUCUGGAACAGUCAACUCUUCCAGAAACAAAUGAAGAGGAGCAAACUGUAGAAGCGCAAAGGAAUUCUGGAGAAGCUGAGAAGGAAACUCAAAUGGCAGAACUAGAGGUCUCUAAAACUCCAAUAGCCAUUUUUGAAGCACAGAAUGAAGCUGAAGAAAGAGACUCUCUCUCUAGGGAUAUAUCAAAUUUUAUACUUGAUGAAGCAGAGGAAGGAUCUGAGAGAACACUGAAGAUCACUGAUGAAGAAGAUGUACAAGAAGAUGCUGAAUCUCUUCCUAUGCAACUAUUCCAAAGAACACCAUCCUCUCAUCAGGUAACCAACUUCCAUUUUCAUAGCUCUUCCAUUCCUACACUUCCGGAUGAAGUACCGGAAAUCUGGACAAAGAAAGUCCAAGGGCUGAUUGAAUCAGCCCUAGCAUCUCAACAUGCCUCCUUUAGGCAAGAGAUAGAGCAAAUGGAAGCCAGGUACACCAAGCUGAUAGAGAAAUCUGAAGAGAAGCGCAACACAGAUCUCAAGGAAAUAAGCAAAUCAGUAGAAAAGACUCUAGAGAUCAUCUCUCUAUUGAGUACAACUAUGAGCAACACGAUGGAGAUAUAUGCCUCUGAUAGUCAGCUUCAACUCAAGGAGAUUAACAAAGUCAAAGAGCAAAUAGCAAGUGUCACAAUUAGUCUCCAAAAACAGAUGUCCCUUCUCCAAAUGGACAUCAGAUCAGCCCUAGCAGUAGCUUCUGCAAAUCAGGUAGUAACCAAAGAUUACUUGAAAGUGAUCAUUGACAAUCAAAAGGAAGCAUACAAGCUGUUCAGACUUGUUGGUGCAAACUCUGGAAACCGCAAGAUGGAAGUAAUUCUCCAACAACACAGUCCAUCUCCAAUACCACAGCUCCCUAUUGCAAUCAAAGAAGGAGAAGUAUCUUAUAUUCCUUCUCAUCUGAACUUGACAAAUCUAAUCCUUGAAGCACAGCAGAGAAAUCCGGAAAACUCAGCACAACUUCUAUCCAGCUCAGGACUGGAUGGAAUAGUAGUUAUAGGUACAGUAGUUGACCACUUCUCAAAUGAUGCUCAAUCAGAAGAAAGACGUGAAAAUUUAAGACGCAUCAAAGAACUGUGUGGGAACAUGAAGGGCAUCAGUGAAGUUGCCGGAUCUUCAAAGCGCAAGAGACACUGAAGGUUCUUUACAUCAAAACAGGGGGAAAGUAUGUGAAAACACUAAUUUGUUUUGAUGAAAGCACCUUGUUUAAACAAUGCUUGACUGGUUUUAAAUUGCGCUUAUUAUGCUUAAUUAUGCAUACAUUCAGGGGGAAUGAAAUUCAGGGGGAAAC